CAAUUGACAUUGAUAAUUUACCAAAUGUUUACAUUGGUUUACAUGUAUUUGUUUUUAUUUAAGUCCUCCUUGUUUAUGAAAAAAAAUAUAUUAGAAUUCACGAAAUUAGAGGACAAGUGAGGUUAUUAAUAUCAAAAUAUUCUUCAUUCACAACUUUCAAAUUACGAUAAGUUUGUUUAAUUUUUGUAGUAAAAUAUGGACGAAGUUCUAAGUGAUGUUUUUCGUCAAAUAUCUCCUACAAAUUUUUCUUUAGGAUCAAUGCAUUGGGUUCAUGUAACCCAUAUAAAUGAUCCGCAUAACUUUUACGUGCGAUUGACGAGUUUAAGUAAAUUUUUGACUGACAAGAUUUGUACUAAUCUAGCCGGCGAACUAAAGAAGCCUGAAAGAAUAAGUCAGGGAGACGUAGUUGUAUACGUAAAUACUAAUCGGCAGUGUGAGCAGUAUAUAAGGGGUAAAAUAAUUGAUAUUGUUGGUCAAGAAGGUACUUGUUUGUAUGAUAUAUUUGCCAUAGAUCAUGGUUUUAUUGAUAGAAAAGUAAAAUUCGAAAAUAUAUGGACGAGUGGUAGCGCUUGCUUGCAAGUCCCUCCAUUAUCUAUGUGCUGUGAACUGCACCACUGUCAACCCGUGAAAGACUGUGCAUGGAUGAACAAAACUAUUGAAGCCAUGAAGUCAUAUGUAGGCAGAGAACGAGCUAAGAUUAUAAUAAAAGGAAAAAACAACAAUAAGUUGACUGUAGAACUGAUUAAUACAUGCCCUGAUGAUAUAGCAACAAUGCUGGCAAUAACUGGCUUUUCCACAUUUGGAUAUGAUGGACCAGUUGUCAGCAGACUAGGGCAACCUUCACCAAAGAAAAUGUUUUAUCCCCAAAAGAAUCUAAAGGUUGAUAACAAACUUCAUGUAAGAGUUCAAUUUGGGAAAAACUUACAAGAGUUCUUUGUAGCUGAAACAUGUGAUUUUGCCAAAUAUUUACAACAUAAACAAGAAAUCUCAAGAAACGCUAAACUUUCAAAAGCUUUAAUAAGUGAAGAGUUAACAGAAAAUAUGCCUGUGCUGGUAACACUGGACCAUGUGAAUUACGAGAGAGGAUUAAUCAAGCAAGUGACUGUGCCAGAAACCAAAGCAUUGAUUGACUUAGUUGAUGUAGGAAAAACAAUGGAAUUGUCGAUACUAAAUUUAAAACAAAUCUCAGAGAGACUGCUGCUGUAUCCUCCGAUAAGCAUGCGUUGUAGUGCUGUUGAAAAUCAAAUUUGGGAUAACCAUUUUCAUAAGCUUUUACAUCUUGGCAAUGAAUUUUAUAUAACAUUCAAAAAACUUAGCAAUGAAUUAGAACCUCAUGUUGUCCAUAUAUCACAACAUUGAUAGCUUUAAUUACCAUAAAUAAGAAUUUUAUUUUAGACAAUUUCCAAUGUAUUAAUUCAGUAUUAAUGUAACAAAAUA